CAUUCUGAUAGAGAAGCUCUCUGAUAUAUGUUAUCUGUCAACUCACCUUCCAAAUUGUCAGUUACAUUACGCUGUGGGUACUUUACAAAUCUGACCUGUGUGAAUUAAAGUUAGCGAUAGGCCACCUCCUAUUUCAAACAGUUAUUUUUAGUGUAAUAUAAAAAAGGAUUUUGAUUUUUUAAGUUAUAAUUGAGAGAGAAAUUUAUCAGUUAUGGGAGAUCCCACUCCACCACUGGAUCAGUCCGGUCUUAUUAUUGAUGGUGAACCUAAUAUUUGUUCAGAUAACGCAGAAGAAAGGCAAUUGGCCAGAAGAUUGAGAAUUCAAAGACGACUUAGUGCUACAAGAAAACGGCAAGAUGAAGAUUCUGACUCGAAGGAACGCAGUAUAUCGGGUAAAGCUACCCAACAAAAAACACAAUUGGAAUCACAAGUUGAAAGUUGCAAUAAUGAUGUCUUUGAGAUUAUUGACGAGGGAGUUGAAGCGGUAACCAACAUAAAAAUUGCUGGGAAUGCUCAUGAAGUGCAAAAGAGAGAAGAAGAUAGAUUAGCAAGGGAAGAAAGAAUCAAAUAUUUGGAAAAGGAGGCCGAAAUAGCAGAUGAAAAAUAUCAAGAGAUCAACAAGAAAUGGGAAGAAAUUGCUAAGUUCAAUGAUCCUCUAGAUCUCUUUGAAGAAACUGAACGACAAAAAGAUAAAUGCAGACAGCUUCUUGACAAGAAAGAUGUUGUCAUAAAAAGAUUGCAAGAAGAGUUGAAAAUGGCUGAAUUAAGAUUUAUAAAGGAUCAGGAAAAGCAGAGUGCAGAUAUGAAUCUCCUUGUCUUCAGAAUCAAUGAGCAGAUAAAAAUUAUGCGUAAAGUUGUAAAAAAUCAGAUUGCUCUGAUCGAGGAUGGUAUUGAAACUGAACGACUUGAAGCAAUACAGACUUUCAAUAAAAAAUGGGAAGGUCUAAAUAGACAAAGAGAAAAAGAACAAGUAAACAAUCUGAAUUCAAAACUCAAUUCACUUGAGGAGCAUAAUCAAGAAAUGAAGAGAAUAAUGCUUGUUCACCAAGAAAAGUUUAGAGAUUCAAAGAUAAAUCUUGAGGAAAAUAUACAGCUACUGCAGAGAGAAGUAGAAUCAGUUAAAGCAGUUUGUUUAUUGAACAGAGAAAAAGUUGACUAUAAUUAUCAAGUGUUGAAGAAGAGAGACGAUUUAAAUAUUCUCCAGGCUAUUCCUAUAAAUAUAUCAAUAAUAUGA